AUGUGUGGUGAUUCGCAUCUCCCUCCCGCCCCCGAAUCUGGCGAUCUCAUUGCCAUUAUCCACCCCAAUUCUCAGUCAACAUUUCGCGGCCGGCUGAAAUUGUCAAAUCGAAUGCCCGGAGCGACAAGCUCAAGUCUUCAAUGCGACGGUGAUACAGUGUGUGGUCCGAACAGAAAUGGAUUGUUGAACGUAAGAAUCCACAAAUACGGCCAGCCACUAUCCAUGUCGGAAAACUCAAAUAUCGAUUCAGAGUCCGAGGAUGAAGACAACGUGGAGAAUCCCAUCUUGUACUCUUUCUUCCUCAACACCAUGAACAGUUCCACAACCGGUAAUCUGAGAUUGAAUCUUGGUGUCGGUGGAGAUGGCAUCGUUGGAAGAACGGUAUCGAUCGUCGAGAGUAGGGGUGGAAGGGUGCUGGGUGAGGGUGUUAUAGGCUGGGGUUGA